UCAAAGCGUCCCUGGACUCAACCAAGGCCGAAGUUCAAUGCCUUUUGGAGCUCUACCACACAGAAGUGACGACGGACACCGAGAGGUACACGAGUAAAGGGCUGUGCAGCACGUUUCAAUCGGACUCCAACACCGUGCUUGCCACGACGAUCAAUGACGCGUUCGGAUUUCAAACCCAUCAAAAAUUUGAUUAUCGCAUAGCAUAAAUAUAGCCAAACGAUUGGAUUUUAUGGGUCCCAAGGUAUAAAAAGGUGCUGUUACCCAGACCGGCUUUUGUCCCCGAGCACGACUUCUUUGCACACGUCAACCUCACCAUGAAGUUCAGCGCGAUCGUCACCAUUUUUGCUGCUGCCUUCAUCGCUGUUGCUGGGGCUGCCCCCGUUAAGGACACCAAUGCCCGUCGUAUGGCUGCGGGUCUUCCCCCUCUCCCCCCAGUUCGUCGGGGUAGUGGUACUAAUGUGGCUGCUCGCGGACAUCCUUCAGAAAUUCCAAGGGCUUUUGACGCUUGAUGACUUCAGUUAAACUGGUCAUGACAGUUCCCGGACUAUGAUUUAGAGUCGCACUGCGGACUAUGAUUUAUCUAUCCCCCUUCCACUUGAUUGUUUACGAAGUCCUUACCCAUCCUACU